UAUCUUUGUACAACGUGUGCUAUUGACUCUUUUUAACCAACAGAUUCCACUCUGGGGAAAUGGUAUAGAAGCGCAGUGGCCAUCAGUUAACUAUCAGUAUUUGUUAAAGCCACAUUGAAGAAAGAAGGCAUUGUUAAAAGCAAAGAAAAAAUAAUUAUUGUAAUUUUUUAAAAGUAAUAAGUUUAUAAACAAAAUGAAGUCAUUUUUGAUCGCAGUCACCGUGUUGUAUACAGUCUCAUCUGCCAUUGCCGAUGUAUCACAUAUUCUAAACGAAUAUUCCACAACAACACAUCCGCCUCCAGCAAGCCCGUAUGUGUUUAGUUAUGCAGCUGGAAGGGCACCCGGACAUGUUGAUCGUACCCAUACCGAAGUAUCAGAUGGUUCAGGAGUUAUUCGUGGAGCAUUUUCAUAUGUUGACCCUAGACAAGAAGUCCGAACAGUCCAAUAUACCGCCGAUGAAUAUGGUUUCCAUCCGGAGUUGAGCCAUGAGCCAGAAGAUACUGAAGCAAACAAAUUGGCUAAAGAGAGACAUUUUGCUUUGUACAAUAAAAUCGCUGAACAACACGCCCAUCCUCAACUUCUUCAAGAGCAAUCCAUUGCUGACGCUCCACACCAAAGUGAAUCUGUUAUUCGAGCAACCAACAAACAUUUGUCUUUGUUUGAUAAAAUCGCCCGAGAACAUGCUGCCAUUGGAGCACAACAAUUAGCUGAACGUUUGGCAUUUGAAGCAACAUCUGAAGCAAAUUUAUUGGAAGAAAACUCACAUCAUUGAUUAAUAAAUAAAUCAAUGUAAAAAAAGAAAAUCUUAAUUUGAAUUAUAAAAAUUGUAAUAAAUGUAAAAAAAAAAUAAAAUAAUUUCCGAAACUGGUUGUAAAUAAACUAAAUACGCACAGAAA